AUGAGCGGUCCGGUCGCCCUUCUGGUCAUUCUCGCCCUCAGCCCUGCGGCCGCCAAGCCGAGCGCGGGUCUGAGAACGUGGGGCCACUUCGGCAGACUGCCCUAUCCGGGGGACAAGGCUUUCCUCUACGACACCUUCCCCAAGGACUUCAUCUGGGCCGUGGGCACGGCGGCGUACCAGGUGGAGGGCGCGUUUGAGAAGGACGGGAAGGGGCUCUCCAUCUGGGACACCUUUACGCGCGGGGGGAACCGCAUGGCCACGGGGGACGUGGGCAGCGACAGCUACCACAACAUCCACGCGGACAUCAGAGCCAUCAGGCAGCUCGGGGUCAGCCACUACCGGUUCUCCCUGUCCUGGGCCAGGAUCUUCCCCAACGGCACGCGCGGGAGCCACAACGAAGUCGGCACCAACUACUACCGGACGCUCAUCAAGAGGCUGAAGGAGAUCCGCGUGCAGCCGGUGGUCACGCUGUACCACUGGGACCUGCCGGACCACCUCCAGCAGAGCCUGGGCGGCUGGAGCAACCCGCAGCUGGUGGGGGUUUUUAGGGACUACGCGGACUUCUGCUUCAGCGCGUUCGGGGAUGACGUCAAGUACUGGAUCACCAUCGAUAACCCGUUUGUGGUGGCGCAGCACGGCUACGGCACCGGGGUGGUGGCCCCCGGGAUCAAGAACGACCCCGAUCUCCCGUUCAGGGUCGGACACAACCUUCUAAAGGCUCACGCAGCUGCCUGGCAUCUGUACGACAGCGUCUACCGCCCCCGGCAGCGCGGCCGGCUGUCCAUGGCGCUGGCCUCCCACUGGAUCAGGCCCAGCCGCACCCGGCUGGAGAGCCUGCGGGAGUGCCAGUGCUCGCUGGAGCACGUGCUGGGCUGGUUCGCCCGGCCCCUGUUCGGGGACGGGGACUACCCGCCCUGCAUGAGGGCCCGGCUGGGCGCGCGGCUGCCCUCCUUCACCCCGGAGGAGACGGAGCGGGUGAGGGGGACGGCCGACUUCUUCGCCUUGUCCCACGGAGCCACCCUGAGCUUCCAGCUCGUCAACGACAGCCUCAAGUUCGGACAGCACGAGGACCUGGACCUGAGGAAGCUGCUGUACUGGGUCAGCGCGGAGUACGGGAAGCCCCCCAUUUUUGUGGUGCAGAGCGGCUGGUACGUCCCCGGCAGCACCAAGACAGAAGACCCCAAACACAUGUACUAUCUGAAGAGCUUCAUCGCAGAGGCGCUGAAAUCCAUCGUCAUAGACGGGGUGAACGUGAUGGGGUACACGGCCUGGUCUCUGAUCGACGGCUUCGAGUGGCACCGAGAGUACGGGAUUCGGCGAGGACUGUACUACAUCGACUUCAACACGCCCGACAUGAAGAGGGAGCCAAAGACAUCGGCCACGUUUUACAGAAACGUCAUCCAGAGGAACGGAUUCCCAGAGCUGCCGGAGAACAGACCAGCGCAGGGAGUGUUCCCGUGUGACUUUGCCUGGGGGGUGUCCGCCAACUCCAUACAGGUGGAAACCACCCCCACCCAGUUUGUUGACCCCAGCGUUUACCUCUGGAACAUCUCCAACAACGGGGAGCUGGUCAGGCUGGAGGGCCUCGGCGCGCCGCCCCCCCACAGAGCGGCGCACUGCGCCGAUUACGCAACCGUCCGACAGCAGGUGGAAGAAAUCAGGAAGGUGGGGGUCAACCACUUCCACUUCUCCCUCAACUGGUCGGCGCUGGUGCCGACGGGGGACGUGUCGCGGCCCAACGCCACCCUGCUGGGCUACUACCGCUGCUUCAGCCGCCAGCUGCUGCGGGCCAACGUCACGCCCGUGGUCACCCUGUGGCACCACACGCACCAGCGCAGCAGCCUGCCCGCCCCGCUGGACGCCGACAACAAGUGGCUCAACAGCAAGACUCCGGAGGCCUUCGCGGACUAUGCCAGGCUUUGCUACAGAGAACUGGGGGCCCACGUGAAGAUGUGGAUCACCCUGAAUGAGCCCAAUGAUGAGAUGGUGAACUACCAGGAGGGCCAUGAGAUGCUGCGGGCGCACGCUCUGGCCUGGCACGCGUACGACCGCGAGUUCCGCCACCUGCAGGGGGGACAGGUGUCUCUGGCUCUGCACAUGGACUGGGUGGAACCAGCGUUUUCCUUCAGCCGUGAAGACGUGGAGCCGGCUAAGCGGGUUUUGGACUUCAGCAUCGGCUGGUUUGCGGAGCCGGUCUUCGGCAGCGGGGACUAUCCUCUGGGAAUGAGGAGCUGGCUGCGGCAGCUCAACUCGCUCGACUUGCCAGUUUUCAACAAGGCGGACCGGCAGCUGGUCAAAGGGACGUAUGACUUCUUUGCUAUCAGCCACUUCAGUUCCAAGCUUGUGACUCACGCCAAGGAAAACUCGUACACCUACACAGCCAUGCUGGAGGUCCAGAACAUGAUAGACACCACAUGGAUCAUGUCCCCCAGGCCGGUCGUGCCCUGGGGUCUGAGGAAAGCGCUCAACUGGGUGAAGGAGCACUACGGCGACGUGCCCAUCUACGUGAUGGCUAACGGAGUCCAGGAAGACCCGGCCCGCUUCAAAGACAGCCUGAGGGUUUACUACCUGUACAACUAUAUCAACGAGGCACUUAAAGCGCACACGCUGGACGGCGUCAACCUGAAGGGCUACUUUGCCUACGCCCUGAACGACCAAAGAGACCCGGGCUUCGGCCUGUACGGCCAAGUCCACGAAGAGGUCAUCGUCAAGGCGUCCCUGUCCAACUACCGCAACAUCAUCCAGCACAACGGGUUCCCCGCCCCGGGCGCGGCCCCCCCGCUCUGCCCCGCCCAGCCGGAGCCCUGCGCGGGCUGCCGGGUCCUGGCCAAGUGGCCCGUGGUGGGCUUCCUGACUCUGGUAGGUUCAGGGGUCCUGAUCACACUGGGCCUCAUCAUUUACUACACAGCCAAGAGACACAAAGAGUGCUACUGA